AUGGAUUGUGUUCUUGAUAAAUUUUCGGAUUUUGUAAGUGAUGAAAUAUCAGUUGGUGGAAAUGAUCGUUAUCCAUUACAUGAUGCAGUGGAGAGUGAGAAUAUUUUGUUGGUUUUCAAGAGGAUUAAAACGAUACCAAUUGAUACAACUAAACGUGAAGGCGAAACUGCAUUGAUAGAGGCUACAUUGAGGCCAUAUACACCGGCAAAUAGAUUAAUUAUCAAGCUGCUACUCAGAAAAGGCGCAGACCCCCUGAAACAAUGCAACUAUUGUUCAGCAGCUUACCAUAUUUUCCAGAAAAACGAUCUGGACUUGAUGUUAACCGUGUUGGAAUUCAUAGAAGAUGUGAAUCGCCCAGCAUUUUAUAAUAAGCCACUCCUAAGCAUUGCCUUGGAGAAAUCCAACUCCUUCAUGGUCAAGAGGCUGAUGGAUAUGGGGGCUGAUUACAGAAAACGCGACCCUGGAGAAAUAACGCAUCUGCAUGAAGCUGUUUGCCUUGCUGACCCUCUUUCUGUGAAAUUAUUUUUGGAAGCCGGUAUAGACAUCAACGUCAGAGAUUACCAUAGGCGAACACCAUUGCACUACGCCGCUCUGGGUACGUCCCUCGAAUGUUUUUACGAAGUACUACUCUGGAAGGGGGCCAACAUCAACGCUAUUGACAAGUAUGGAAAUACACCCCUUAAUUACGCCAUCAAGGACAGCGAAACAUUCGAUAAGGUUACGCUAAAAAUCCUAUUGAAACAUGGUUGUGAUCCGGACAUAGCCGAUAAUAGUGGCAACACACCUCUGCAUAAUCUCUUUUUCACUACCGGUCUCGACUCUUUCCGAAAAGCAGUGAUAUUGAUAGAGACAGGAGCCGCGUUGAAUGUGAAAAAUCGUUGUGGAAAAACGCCCCUUCAUUUGGCCAUUGAGAACGGAUAUAACGGAUCGUGCAUAGUGUUGAUCGAGCACGGUGCCGACAUGAACAUGGAGGACGCAAAUGGGGUAACGCCACUUAAAAGGGCCUACCUUUACAACAUGAAAACCCUGGCAUGUUUCAUGAUAGAAUUUAUGACUAUCUCGAUGCAUGUUAGGGGCAAGGAAAUAUCAAAAGACAAUAUGGAACUAAUCCGUUCUGAUAGCACUUUGCGCAAAUAUUGGGAAGAUUGCGAAGGAGAGAUUGAAAGGCUUAGGGACUUGGUGGGUAACCUGAGUUGUGCAGCAUUCUACUGGAAGAGUAGAAAAGCGAUAGGUUGUGCCAGAAGUAUAAAAGUUAGGAGAAUAAUGCAUUGCUUUCGAGAAUUGGAUUUCCCCAUAUACGGAUUCAAAAUCAAAAGAAAUUCGAGAAAAAUACUCUUCAGAAGAGCUUUGGAGGAUGUGGCAGAGAGAUGUCUUACUGAAAUAUUUGGCUGGAUACUUCCACCACAUUGUAUAACAGAAAUAAUCAGUAACUUUUCCAACGAGGAUCUUAUGACAUUGGCACGAAAGUACUGGUACCAAUGCAGGGGAACAAGAAAGUCGGUUAUGUAUGAUAGGGUAUUUCAAACCUUGCUACAUUUUGGCCGUUCUGCAUUUCCUAUUACUUCUGAAUGA